CUUUAAAUUCGAUAACAUAACAAUGGCAACAUUGCUCUUCCAGGGCAAAGUUCUCGAUUGAUUUACGCAUAGUCAGUGAAGGGAAUACGCUUGCGCAGUUAAAAAUUUUACUAGGCGUUGCAGAUCGGCUUGUCCAGACAUCUUUUCAAGGAAUGGAAUAUCGCGUCGCUAUGUCAUGUAAGACCAAUGCGUCAUUUUUGCUGAACGCGUAAAAUGUAGAAAACAGGUAUAUUUUGCAAUUUUUAAGUUACGUGGACUACCUAAUUGUAUAUUAAAGUAUCAGUAAGACGAUAAUCAUAUUUUUUACUGCGGAUGAUUAACCUUAACGUGAAUAUUUUGUGAUUACAUGAUGAGAUUUCGAAGAUGAGUGACGAAACUCCGGGGGUAGGGCAGGGUGCUCUGCCCCCGAGAGAGGGCCAAAGCCUUCGACUCCUUGCAGAGCGCCCUACUACUGGUGCUACAGUGAGGGUGGCCCAGGUUGUUGGUGGUCAGUAUGUGUUGACAACACAAUCACAUGGUAUGCCAGCUCUAGCACAGAUUGCCGCUGGAAAUCCCAAUGUCACUCGUCUGAUAAGCAUCAGUCCAACUAGAGGUGGACAAACGUCGCCACUAAGGCCAAGUUUGGCCAAUCAGUCGAUAGUCAAUGUUCUUACCAAGUCUCGACCAAAUCCUAAUGUACGCUUACAGUUAUUUCAAUCCGGUGAAAGUUCUGGAAACAAUGUCCAGCAUGGCCCCCAUUCGAGAUCACUCAAAAGGCCGUUGUCUUCCACGGGUGAAAAAAAAGAUAGCUACUCUUCUAAGUUGCAGCAUGUAAUGAACCAUCGCAUUGUUCGCUCGAAAUUAGUGAAAGAAAAGUAUAAUGAACAUCUUCUAGAGGCCUAUUAUUUAGAGAGCGGAAAUAACAUUCUAGAUUUAUAUCAAUUUGCCAAAAGACCUAAAACCCAAGCGUAUUUAGCUUAUCUUAAGGAACAUGCCAUUGAUCCUCGGGAUUAUCCUGAACUUCAAACUGCAACUGUUACUGUACCGCAAACGACGCCUAAUACACCAACUGCUACCUCUGUCAGCUCUCUGCCUGGUAUCUCUCAUAGUUACGCUAUCCAGACUACCAGUUCUACUGUAACAACACCUGAAAGUAAUAGUAACACCUCUACACCGAAAUCAGUAUCUGUCAAAGUGAAGUCUACAUCACUUACGAAUACUGUUAGUCAAGAGAUGAUUGUAGAAAAAGCGAAACAAGAAGCGUACGUGGUCCAACGAAUAGCCGAUUUACAAAAGGAAGGAAUAUGGUCUGAAAGGAGACUUCCCAAAGUGCAAGACAUGCCUCGGCCUAAAGCACAUUGGGACUUUUUGAUCGAAGAAAUGGUCUGGUUGGCAGCUGAUUUUGCGCAGGAACGCAAAUGGAAGAAAGCCGCUGCGAAAAAAUGUGCCAGAAUGGUACAGAAGUAUUUCCAAGAUAAGGCGCUCGCCGCCCAAAAAGCGGAAAAGGCUCACGAACAAAAUCUUCGAAGAAUAGCCGCGUUCUGUGCAAAGGAGAUUAAGAUCUUUUGGAACAACGUCGAAAAACUCGUUGAAUAUAAACAGAAUACAAUCUUAGAGGAGAAGCGGAAAAAGGCGCUCGAUCAGCAGCUUAGUUUUAUCGUAGAUCAGACUGAAAAGUAUUCACAGUUGCUUGCCGAAGGGAUGAAUAAGACCGCAGAACAACCUCCUAGUUCAGCGCCAUCUCGAUCAGUAUCUCGAACGCAGUCUGAUACAGAGUUCGAUCCGGAACUUCAGAGCGAUGAAGAUGACGAAGAGACGAUUGCUCGAGAAGAAGCUUUAGAUAAUGAGGGUCAUAAAGAAGAAAUCGAAGCACUACAGAAAGAAUCUCAGAUGGAGUUGGAUGAUUUACUAGAGGACGAUUUCCUGAGGAAUUACCUUUUAAAUCGAGACACAAUCCGUUCAGUGAAUCAGAAGAUUCGGACGACGACACAGAUUCGAAAAAAGAAUCUUUCAUAGACGACAAACAACAGUCUGACGAUUCUGAAUCUUCCAAAGACGAAGAUACGGAAGACGAAAGCGAAGAUGAAUCUGUGAAAGUUACUGAACCGGUGGAUAAAGAAGAACACGACGAGUUGAAAAUAUUAGUAGAAGAUUCUCAAAAAGAGGGAGAAACUAAGACUGAACAAGACACAAAAGACGACCUUAUCAAUGACGCAGCUGCUAUAGCUGAAAGUAUCCAACCAAAGGGAAACACUCUGUCUUCUACUAAUGUAUCAACAAAUAUACCAUUUUUAUUAAAAUAUACACUAAGAGAAUACCAACACAUUGGCUUGGAUUGGCUUGUAACUAUGUACGACAGGAAACUUAACGGUAUAUUAGCCGACGAGAUGGGAUUAGGUAAAACAAUACAAACGAUAGCUCUUCUAUCACACUUGGCGUGCGAGAAGGAAAACUGGGGUCCCCAUCUGAUAGUAGUCCCUACUUCCGUGAUGCUGAAUUGGGAAAUGGAAUGUAAAAAGUGGUGUCCGGCAUUUAAAAUACUAACCUAUUACGGGACGCAGAAGGAACGAAAAUUUAAACGGAUAGGAUGGACCAAACCUAACGCUUUUCACAUAUGCAUUACUUCGUACAAGCUAGUCAUUCAAGACCACCAGAGUUUUAGGAGGAAAAAGUGGAAAUAUCUGAUUCUGGACGAGGCCCAAAACAUCAAGAAUUUCAAGUCGCAACGAUGGCAGCUGUUAUUAAAUUUUCAAACUCAACAACGUCUGCUGUUGACCGGUACACCUUUGCAGAACAAUCUCAUGGAAUUGUGGUCCCUUAUGCAUUUUUUAAUGCCGAAUGUAUUUCAGUCCCAUAGGGAGUUCAAAGAAUGGUUUUCGAAUCCGGUGACGGGAAUGAUUGAAGGAAAUUCUGAAUACAACGAAAGUAUUAUCAAGAGACUGCACAAGGUAUUAAGGCCGUUUCUUCUAAGGCGAUUGAAAAGCGAAGUGGAAAAACAAAUGCCAAAAAAGUACGAACAUGUGGUCAUGUGUAGGUUAUCUAAGCGACAGAGGUAUUUGUAUGACGACUACAUGUCUCGAGCAAAAACGAGGGAAACUUUAUCUACCGGAAAUCUGUUAAGCGUUAUAAAUGUGCUAAUGCAACUGAGGAAAGUGUGUAAUCAUCCGAAUCUGUUUGAAAUUAGACCAACGACGUCUCCUUUCCAGUGUGACAACAUCCGGCUUCAUAUUCCAUCCAUUGUAUAUUCAGCUUUAGAUUAUGAUCUUGAUAAGCACGUGAACCUACAAGCUUUAAACCUUGUACUAAUCAUGCAAGAAAUCCACUUUGGCUCGUACCAAUGUUACCGGAUGAGACAAUCAAGAAAUUCCAAGAAAAUUUUUGAAAUGGAAACGAAUUCUUGCAAAAAUCCACCACCUUGUCCACCGUGUAAGUUAGCCAUGCGAGUUCUACCAAACAAACCUUCAACCGACGAAAAGAGCGAGAAGAGAGAAGGACAAGCUUUAAGUCAGCCGCCUCCGUUGCAAGUUAAAGGGAUCAGCCAGCCAAACAUGAAAAUGAAAGUAUCUGGAGUACAAUUUGUUCCACAGAGCAUUCUUAAAUCAAUUCCAGUAGUGAACAUAUCACAAGGAGCUACAGGUCAAAUCGGAGCGCCUGUUAGUGUGACCUCUGUAUUAAAACCGCAAGAUAAAAUAUCUGCUAGUUUUGCACAGCUAGUUCAAACUUCCACUGGUAAACACUUGUUGCUAACGUCGAAUCCAAACAUUACUACGAGCCCAGUGACGACUACAACACCAGGUGGACAAAAAUUGACCUUCUUAUCGAAGCAGCCCGUUUCUACGAUUGGUAAUGCAGGUCACGCUGUAACGAAAGCUUAUGUCAAAUUUCAGUUAACGUCCGUCACGACAGCGUCAACUUUCACAACAGUUACAACAGCCAACUCCAAUACGAUAUCUGUAGCUAAAAGUGAAGAUAAUAAAGGAAUGCGAAUGUCUGUGGGGAACGAUUAUAUAGGUAAACUUUAUUCUAAACAAAAUAGCCUGGACGUGCGAUGGAACAGUGACGAAAAAAAUUUAGGUUUAACAAAUGAAGAUGAUCCCAAAGGUGAACGAAAAAAGAGACUUUCCCUUAUGUCACGCAUCAACAAGAUUCGUUGCUCAGCUCUUCCACUGUACGGUCGAGAUUUCCAAGAAGCCGUCAAAAUAUACACGCCUAACAAGCUGGGUGUUUGGAACGGAGGUCAUAUCCACUGCUUGAACACUCUGUACAAUAAGGAUGCCAGGAAUGAAACGACAGAUUGUCUCAAAGACGCGUUGUUUAAUCCUGAGAGAAGAUUGGAAGGUCUAAAAGAUACUUUUGAUCGAUUUAUAUUCUAUGUACCUUCCGUGAAAGUAGCGGAACCCGAACUGCAAGUGUGGCAUCCUCCGCCAAGUAAAUAUUGGGGCCAAAAACACGAUAAACAACUUAUACAGAAACUAUUCCUAAAACCUGCAACACCUCUUCAUAGUAUAGCAUCUGCAAUGGUAACCCAGUUUCCAGAUCCUAGACUUAUUCAAUAUGACUGUGGAAAGUUACAAACUUUGGAUAUACUAUUAAGGAAAUUAAAAUUGGAAGGUCAUCGAGUAUUGAUCUUCACGCAAAUGACGAAAAUGUUGGAUGUACUAGAGGCAUUUUUGAAUUACCAUGGUCAUAUCUAUCUUCGGUUAGAUGGUACCACAAAAGUUGAUCAAAGACAAGUGUUGAUGGAGAGGUUCAACGGUGAUAAACGUAUUUUCGCUUUUAUUUUGUCCACGCGUUCCGGGGGCGUGGGUGUAAAUUUAACCGGAGCGGAUACUGUGAUAUUUUAUGAUUCCGAUUGGAAUCCAACUAUGGACGCGCAAGCGCAAGAUCGUUGUCACCGAAUCGGUCAAACGAGAGACGUACAUAUUUACAGGCUGGUUAGUGAGCGAACCAUAGAAGAGAAUAUAUUGAAGAAAGCCAAUCAGAAACGGUUGCUUGGAGAUCUGGCUAUCGAAGGUGGUAAUUUCACAACGGCGUACUUCAAGAGUUCGACGAUUCAGGACUUAUUCAACAUAGACCAAAACGAAGAAAAUGCAUCUGCACGAAUGUCAGAAAUUGUUGAACUAAAAAAAGAAAGAGAAAAAGCCCUCAGUACAGACCUGCUUCAUUCUGUUGACGAUAAAGCUACCGUUGGUGCUCUCGAAAACGCUUUGGCGGCAUGCGAGGACGACCAAGACGUUCAAGCCGCAAAAACGGCCAAAGCGGAAGCCGUUGCAGAUCUUGCUGAGUUUGAUGAAAACAUUCCCCUGGAUGAUCAAGAAAAAGAACCUGAAAUCAGCAAGGCGGAACAGGAAAUUAAUAAUAUCAUAGAAAAGUUAACACCUAUAGAAAAAUAUGCCAUGAAUUUCAUUGAGGCAACAGAAUCUGCUUGGUCUGCAGAACAGCUUGCGGCUGCGACAAGGGAAAUUGAAGAACAGAAAAAGGAAUGGGAGCAGAACCGUCUGGCGGCGAUGCGAGAAGAAGAGGAACGUCGUGCCCGAGAGUUAGAAGAAGAAGGUGAUAUCAUCACAUAUUCAAGAGACGACGCCACCAACCAGAUAUGGGUAUCAGAUAACACUAUGGAGCAAAUGCCAAUGUGGUGUCCUCCAACACCGCCGCAACAAGAAAAUGACGUGUAUAUAGACGAAACUAUGGCAUUCCUCUAUGAUACCAACACUAUGGCUGAAUCCCAAUUACCACCGAUUUACAUUAAGCGAGAAGCAAAAAGGAAUCGCAUAGAAGCAGGUUUCAGCGAAAGCAGAAGAGCAUUGAAAAUACCCAGAAAAGAAGAAGCUACGAAUGCUCCGAAAUCUUUGUUCCACUCGCCAAAUAUAUUGAAAAUGAAACGCGAACUGAAGCUGCAGAAAUAUCGAGGACUGGUGAGACCGUCCGUGCCGAUACCGGGAAAACCUAAUAUUACAAAGCCGCCCACGGAACAGCCUUUGUUUCAUGAAUGGACGAUUCACGAAGAUAUGGCUAUUUUGAAGGUUAUUCAAAGUUUCCAAGGUCUUCCACUGAAUUUAAUUGUUUCAAAUUUAGGUCACACUCCAAAUUGGGAUUUCGUAGCAGAUUACGUUAAUACCGUAUCGAUAGCGUAUCGCACUCCUAAACAAUGCCGCCAGAGGUACGAGAAUCAUCUCAUGCAACGAGAAGAAGGUAAACAGCUCAGUCUGGACAACUUUAUGAAGAAGAAAAAGAAUAAAGCCGGGCCCGUCCAAAAGUAUCCGAUGCCCACGAAGUCUAGCAGGUCUAUGAGGACAUCCCAGAUGUACACUCAGGACAAUAACUCAGCUUUUAGUCAAAUAAUGGCGGACAGGUUUGAGGCGUUGAAGGCGUUAAAGAAAGUACCACCUCCGAAGCUAGGAGUCAAUAAUCCUUUAUUGAAUAAGACCAAACAUACCCCGUCGCCUGUUUUGAAUGAGUGUGGUAUCGAUAUUGAGCAUCCCGUUUUACCGGUUGACGUUGCAGCAAGGAGAGCAGAGAGAAUUGCCAAAGAAAAGAAAAAUAUGACGCCCGAUCAGCAUAUUGCCGCUCGCCUUCAAAUGAUGAAAAACAUCAUGGCGAACCAACAAGCCAGCGUGGCUGCAUCUUCGCCCACUGCGCAAGGAUCGAGUGGUGGAACUAGUACUCCUUCCACAACGUCCCAGGUGAUAACUCAACAGAAUAGUUCAGCCAUUGCCACGUCAACGGCUCCGGUUGUCAGUACUGCGGCGACUCCUCCGAAUACUUUAAGAACUCAGCGAAUAAUCGCGUCUCCGAUCCAAACACCAACGGUAGUCUCGGUUUCCGGCCUCAGUGCAGCCCAACUACAAGCUGCAACCCAGCGUCUUAUAGUAUCAGCAGGUUCUUCUGGACAAGGCAAAGUAGUGGCCACUACAACAGCUCUUCAAGGCAAAGCCAUUGGCCAAGCACAAUUGGCGAUGAUCCGGCAAGCAAAUAUCAAGCAGCAACUGCGGCUACACACUGGAAAUUUGCCGACACAAGGAGUUAAAACGUCAACUGUUACCAUAGGUGGUCAACAGACUGUUGUUCAAUUCACACAGGCGCAGCCUAGAGCUCAGUUCAUAAGACAAGGUACUGUUACUGUUGGCGGCAAAACAGGAAUUACUAGACCUGUAACAGAGAGUGAAGUAGCGCAAUUGUUGAAGAAGCAGCAUCAACUGCAGCAACAAAAACUCAGUACCUCAACUGGUGGUACGAUUCAAAGUCUAUCACCACAAGUACUAGCCCAAGCAAUUCAGGCUGGUACGUCUGGAGCAUCUGUUGCUACUCUCGUUAAGACAGUAUCAUCCACACCUGGAGCGACUCAAACAGUCACGAUUCCCGUCACCGGUGUCUCCCUUUCAGCCCAAGGUAAAAACCUAGCUCCGACUCUUAAAACAACCAAUGCCAACCAACUGCGACAGUUUCAUCUGCAACAACAACUACUGGCGCAAAAGAAGCUAAGCGGCCAGAAACUUAGUAUUGCCCAAGUGGGCAAAAACAACAUGCAGGCUCAGUUGAUAGUCGGUUCUAAGCCACUUAGUACAGCGAUGACCGUCCAGCAGUUUCAACAGGUGAUCAGGUCGCCAUUGAACGUUAGUCAGGGACCGGUAGUUUUGGCAAAAGGACCACCUACUAGAGUUAUACCGGUAAAUACGCAGGGGACAAAGCAAACCAUACAGGUAGUAGCUGCCGGAUCGUCCCAAGCGUUAAACACCGCCCUUCGUCCCCAAGCAGGCACAUCGACACUAGCUGGCGCUUUAACAGGCAUCAAAGUACAAGGAGCCUCGGGAGCCACUCAACAAGCGUUAUUAUCUCAGGUAUCAGCAGCUUUGAACCAGAACGUAGCUGGAAUGAGACAAGGUAGCCCUGUGCGUAUCCAAACUUCCAGCGGGGCGCCGUUGGUGGCUGUUAACGUGCAGAAUGUACAACAGCAAGCUGCUUCUUCGUCAUCGAAUGCGGCGCCCCAAGUUACCAAUCCAGAGCAAGUAAGUAGAUAUUUGAAGAAGUGAAGUGUGUAAUUAAUGUUUUUGGGAUACCUUAACUUGAAAACCUUUUAACCCACAAACAAUUAUAUUGAUCUGAUCUCUUGUUGUGUUCAUUAACCACCUUUGAAACUUGUACUUAGACUAAAGCUAUAAUAGAACUAAACAGCGGAUAGAUACUAUAACAGCGGAAGUAAUCGUGCUUAUACUUUCUUGAGUUUUUGUUGUGGGUACAAUCUAAUAAAUUUAGUAAAGGCAUCAAUAAUUUCAAAAAUGUAUCUGUAGCUUAUGGCGGCCCAUGAUGAUAAUAUGACAAGUAAUGAAAGGUUAAUCGCCCUUUGGAAGGUUAUGUAAGAAUCCUUCCUCUUUGCCACUUAGAGAGAAAAACUUCAUACAUUUUAAGCAAUACGGUUCUUGACAGUUGUCCUCGUGUUAUUAAACGAAUUCAAUACACUGUCUUAAUUGGAUUAACAGUUUUGUCAACACCUAGAUGACCCAAAUCGACAUGACAUGUAUGUAUCACAUUGGUUAUCAUGCCACCAGGGACAUAAAAUAAUAACUUACAUUGUUCAAAUCAUAAAUGUGUUGCCUGUGUGAGUCCAUUUCAAAUAGGUAAAAAGAAAUAAAAUAAGACUUACAAUCAAUUUACUUAUAUCUUCAGGUCUAACGGUACCUGGUUAAUUAAAUGCUGAAAGUACAAAAACCCACAUUAGGGUGCUGUCUUAUAAAGAAAACAAUUGCAGCAAUUAUGCCAAUAUUAUAUGUCUGUGAUUAUUAAUAUGAAUAAAAUUGAUUAAAGCAGACAAAGUAAAGCAAACAAAAUGACAUAAGAUAAUCUAAUGAAUUUAAAUAAAUUAGUAAAUAACCAAAAAAUACUACCUACAUGCAGGUACAACAAUUAUUAAUUAGUGAUUUGGAAAACAUAGUUUAAACUAUCCUGGAUUGCUGUUGAUGGGUAAUCAUCGGUUUAUUCUGGUCAAUAUGUCUAGUAUUUUAAUGUAAAAAUAGUUUGAAAAUUUUAUUUUAUGUUCAAAAAAAUAUAUAAAUACCCUGACGACACUGCAAAAAUUAAAACAGCAGGAUCAUAUAUUUUAAGUACAUAUAAACAAAACUGAGGUAACUUUAAUAUUUUCUAUGUUUGCCAACGCGCAGCCUAUCCUACACCCUUUAUGUUGUACUAUAUAUAAAUUAGUAGCAGUAAUAUUCAUUUUAAAAUUUAAUUCAUGGCCAUUCGAAGUAUUUAAAAGAACUUUAAGACUCUUCAUGUAGAACAAAACACGAUUCAGUUAAUAUAUCGAUAAACGCUAUGGUUAAGAGAUUUUAGAGUUACGGUAUCAGUUUGUACUAUCUCUUUAUUUUUUUUUUUACUUUAGUUUUAAUAUUUUUUGUUUCUUCCGUCGAUAUAUUUAAUUUGUAUUUGAAUUAAUUUUUUGUAUAUUUGAAAAAACCGUUUAUUUGUUAAGUAUGUAAAGUUUUGCUGACUUUGUUCCUUAUGUAUAUCGACGUACAAUUAAUUUACAUUCUUUGAUAAAAUUAACACACCAGCCAUUAAAACUUACGUGCAAAAGAUCCCGACCUUUGAAACGCCGUACGAUAUUAACAAUAAGUCAUACUCUGCGUGAUAUUCUAACUGAAUCAUUAAAAAAAUUAGUUUUACUGGAAAACCGUUACUGGAAAACUUUCUUUUAACGGAAAACCGUUACUUUCAUGUACACUCCCUCAUACAUAUCCUUCACGAGUCUUACGUACUUCUCAGAAAAUUUUCUCUCUCUCUCUCUCUCUCUAUCUAUUGCUCCUC